AUGGCCUUCCUAAGCUCCUCUAUGGUCGGUUCGGUGUCCAGAUGCUCCAUAACCGGUAGUUCACAUCUAUCCAUUCAUCUAUCUAUCUAUCUAUCUAUCAUUAUCUGUUAUGGUCUCUUCAUAUCUAUCUAUCUCAGUUUAUUCCUAUCUAUCUAUCUAUCUAUCUAUCUAUCUAUCUAUCUAUCUAUCUAUCUAUCUAUUAUCUAUUUAUCUAUUAUCUAUCUAUCUAUCUAUCUAUCUCAGUUUAUUUCUAUCUAUCUAUCUAUCUAUCUCAGUUUAUUUCAGUCUGUAUCAUUAUCUAUUUCAUAUCUAUCUAUCUAUCUAUCUAUCUAUCUAUCUAUCUAUCUAUCUCAGUUUAUUUCUAUCUAUCUAUCUAUCUAUCUAUCUAUCUAUCUAUCUAUCUAUCUAUCUAUCUAUCUCAGUUUGUUUCUAUCUAUCUACCUAUCUCAGUUUGUUUCUAUCUAUCUAUCUGUCUAUCUCAGUUUAUUCCUAUCUAUCUAUCACAUUUUAUUCCUAUCUAUCUAUCUAUCUAUCUAUCUAUCUAUCUAUCUAUCUAUCUAUCUAUCUAUCUAUCUCAUUUUAUUCCUAUCUCUCUAUCUAUCUAUCUAUCUAUCUAUCUAUCUAUCUCAGUUUAUUUCUAUCUAUCUAUCUAUCUAUCUAUCUAUCUAUCUAUCUAUCUAUUUCACCUGUUCAUAUCUACCUCAGGCAUUUCAUAUCUAUCUAUUUAUCUAUCUAUUUCAUCAUUCAUUAUCUAUCUAUUUAUCUGUCCACAUCUAUCUAUCUAAGUCUGUUCAUAUCUAUCUAUCUAAUUAUCUAUCUAUCUAUCUAUCUCUCGAAGUCUGUUGGAAUCUAUUUAUCUAUCUCAACCGGCUCAUAUCUAUCAUAGAUAUCGAUAUUACUACUUCCACGUUUUGGUCAAAUUUGCUCUCUCUCUCUCCCCCACUCUCUCUCUCUCUUUCUCUCUCUCUGUCUAUCUCUUCUACUCUCUCUCUCUCUGUCUCUUUCACUCUCUCUCUCUGUCUCUUCCACUCUCUCUCUCUCUGUCACUUCCACUUUCUCUCUCUCUGUGUCUCUUCCACUCUCUCUCUAUCUCUCUCUUUCUCUGUCUCUUCCACUCUCUCUCUGUCUCUUCCGCACUCUCUCUCUCCCCCACUCUAUCUCUCUCUCUCUCUCUGUCUCUUCCACUCUCUGUCUGUCUCUUCCACUCUCUCUCUCUAUCUCUUUUCCACUCUCUGUCUCUUACACUCUCUCUCUCUGUCUGUCUCUUCCACUCUCUCUCUCUAUCUCUCUCUCUCUGUCUCUUCCACUCUUUCUGUCUCUUCCACUCUCUCUCUCUAUCUCUCUCUCUCUGUCUCUUCCACUCUCUCUGUCUCUUCCACUCUCUCUCUCUCUGUCUCUUCCACACACUCUCUCUCCCCACUCUCUCUUUCGCUGUCUGUCUCUUCCACUCUCUCUCUGUCUCUUCCACUCUCUCUCUCUAUCUCUCUUCCACUCUCUCUCUUCCACACACUCUCUCUCUCCCCCACUCUCUCUCUCUGUCUCUUCCACUCUCUCUCUGUCUCUUCCACUCUCUCUCUCUCUCUAUGUCACUUCCACUUUCUCUCUCUCUUCCACUCUCUCUCUCUCUUCCACUCUCUCUCUCUCUCUUCCACUCUCUCUCUCUCUCUCGCUCCCGUUUAG